AUGCUCUCACCUUCGAUCCCAAAUUGCUGCUACUGCAUACACUGUAACCCUCAAUCAACCAACUACCUCCUGAACUGCUGCGAUUUCUUUCCUCUGCGCGCUCUAUCGAUACCAGCUGUUGUAUGGUUGGCUUCUCUCUGCAAAAUUCUCCAUUCAUCAUUCUAUCCACACCAAUCUUCCUUCUUAAAUAAUAAUAAUAAUAAUAAUGCUGGAUCUAUUCAGAAGAAAAAUGUAUUGUUUGUCAUUGCACACCCUGAUGAUGAAUCCAUGUUUUUUUCUCCAACAAUUAAUCAUCUGACUUCAAGAGGGCAUAACAUUCACAUAUUGUGCAUGUCAACUGGUAAUGCAGAUGGUAUUGGAGAUGUUAGAAAAGAAGAGCUUUAUAAGGCUUCUGUAAUCCUUAAGGUUCCUCUUCAACAAGUGACAACAAUUGAUCAUCCAGAUUUUCAGGAUGGUUUUGGUAAAGUAUGGAAUAGUAGUAAACUAUCAAAGAUUUUGGAAAAGAAAAUUCUUGCUCAUGCAAUUGACAUGAUUAUUACCUUUGAUAAUUAUGGUGUUUCGGGUCAUUGUAAUCACCGCGAUGUACACCAAGGAGUACGAAGGUUUACACUUGAUACUUCAGAAAAAGACAUUGAAGCAUGGGAACUGGUGAGUAGUAACAUAGUACGAAAGUACAGUGGGCCCAUUGAUAUAUGGUUGUCUUUUUGGACUCUGAAAGGAGAAAUGCAUUGUUUGGUAAAUGAACAUCCACUUAGAAGCUAUGCUGCCAUGUCACAGCACCUAAGUCAAUGGGUAUGGUUUCGGAAACUUUUUGUUUCAUUUUCUAGUUAUACGUAUGUCAACACUUUGAGGAAGAUCAACAAAUGAGUAAAGGAUCAAGUUCUAUGGUGUACUUCAAAAGUUACAUUUGAUUUAUUUAUUUUUUUAUUGUUUUUAGGAAAUUAAAAAUUUCUCUAUAGGUUCAUUCUCAUUCGAUUUGUACAAUGUAGUUAUGUGACAUGAUAGGAUAUAAUUCUUCACAUGUAUUUUUAAGAUUAUCUCUAUAGCUUCAAACCUAAUAUGAUCAUAGUUCAUUUUAAUGAAUCUUUUUAAUCAUUGUAUUCAUGGAUAAUGCUUUGCUUGUAUGUUUAAAAUAACAAACAUCGUUUAUCAAAUUAUUAUUCCCCCAUGAUCACCUUAUCAUAACU